CUGCCUUAGAUUACGCAUCUCCUGGCAAAGGCUGUGGACUGCAUGCAGAAACAAGAAGUACGGGCAGGCGGGGAGGCCAGCCCCGGACAUGGUGGCGGCUCCCCAGCUGAGCAGGUGAAAGCUCUUGUGGACCUGCUGGCAGGAAAGGGCAGUCAAGGCACUCAGGCCCCUCAGAUCUUCGACAGGUCGCCUGAUCUCCCACUGGAACCGCAUGGCAAUGAUGCGAGAAUCCAGAGACACCGGGAGGCCCUUUUGAGCAGGCUGGGGCUCAGCGUGGUGCUCGGGGAGCCUCCAGCGAGGCUGACCAGCCUCCUGCUUGUGGAUGGCCUGACGGACCUGCAGCUGCGGGAGCACGACUUCACGCAGGUGGAGGUGACUCGCGGGGCCAUCCGGGCCGCCAGGACUAUCAGCCUGGACAGGCUCUUCCUGCCCCUCUCGCAGGUGUCCAUCCCGCCCCGCAUCUCCAUCACCAUUGGGGUGGCUGGCGUAGGCAAGACCACCCUAGUGAGGCACUUUGUUCACCUCUGGGCCCGCGGGCAGCUUGCCAAGGAGUUUUCUAUGGUGCUUCCGCUCACCUUCCGGGAGCUCAAUGCCCAUGAAAGGCUGUCGGCCCACAAGCUCGCCUGCUUCGCCUGCCCGCACCUCGGGGAGCCUGGCCUGGCAGCGAUGGCCUUGGCUGGGGCCCUCCUGGUCCUGGACGGUCUGGAGGAGUGUAAGGCACCUCUGGACUUCAACACUGCGGCCUGCACAGACCCCCGGAAGGAAAUCCAGCUGGACAGCCUCAUCACCAACAUCAUCCGUGGCAACCUCUUUCCAGAAGUUUCCGUCUGGGUCACCUCCCGCCCGGGCGCAGCCAGCCAGAUCCCAGUGGGCCUGGUGGACAGGAUGACAGAGAUCCGGGGCUUUAACCAGGAGGAGGUGCAGGCGUGUCUGGAGCACAUGUUCCCAGAGGACCAGAGGCUCGUGGACUGGGCGCUGGCCCAGGUUCGGGCCCACAGCGCUCUCUACCUGAUGUGCACUGUGCCCGCCUUCUGCCAGCUCUCGGGGUUGGUGCUUGCACACCUGUACCGCCACCAGCUGCCGCCCCCAAGGACGCUGAGCGAAAUCUACUCCUGGUACUUCAGAAUGGCGCUGGGCGGGGAGGCCCAGGGCAAGGCCAGCCCCCGCAUCGAGCAGGGGUCCCGGCGCCUGGCAGGGACGCUGGGCCGGCUGGCCUUCCACGGGCUGGUCAGGAGGAAGCAUGUGUUCUACGAGCAGGACCUCAAGGCCUUCGGGGUGGAGCCGGGCUUGCUGCAGAUGGCGCUGGGCGGCCGCCUCCUGCAGCAGGAGGAGACGCGGGGCUGCCCAGCAGCCUACUGCUUCCCCCACCUGUCCCUGCAGGAGUUUGUGGCUGCCAGCUAUUACUAUGGCGCGUCCAGGAGGGCCAUCUUUGACCUGUUCCCGGACAGUGGUGUGUCCUGGCCCCGGCCCGGCUUCCUCUCACACUUCCGGGGCGCUGUGCAGCGGGCCAUUCAAGCCGAGGAUGGCCGGCUGGAUGUGUUUUUGCGCUUCCUCUCUGGCCUCCUGUCUCCGGGGGUCAAUGCCCUGCUGGCUGGCUCCCUGGUGGCCGCAGGCGAACACCACGGCUGCCGGGCACAGGUGGCUGGGCUCCUCCAGGGCUGCUUGGCUCCUGAAGUGGUGGUCAGCCCGCGGGCCGUUAACCUGGUACGCUGCCUGCAGGAGCUGCAGCACACGGAGCUGGCCUGCGGUGUGGAGCAGGCCCUGCAGCACGGAGGCCUGUCCAGGCUGAGCAGGCCCGCACACUGCGCCGCCCUGGCCUACCUGCUGCAGGUGUCACCUGCCUGCGCCCAGGAGGCCGAUCUGUCCCUCUGCCUCAGCCAGGCUGUCCUCCGGAGCCUGCUGCCCCAAUUGCUCUACUGCCAGAGCCUCAGGCUGGACACCAACCAGUUCCCAGAUUCUGUGAUGGAGAUGCUGGGCAGUGUGCUGAGUGGGAAGGACUGUCGAAUUCAGAAGAUCAGCUUGGCUGAGAACCAAAUUAGCAACAAAGGAGCCAAAGCUCUGGCCAGAUCCCUCUUGGUCAACAGAAGUCUGACUGCACUGGAUCUUCGCAGUAACUCCAUUGGGCCUCAAGGUGCCAAAGCCCUGGCUGAUGCUCUGAAGAUUAACCGAACUCUGGCUUCUUUGAGCCUCCAAAGCAACAGGAUCAAGGAUGAUGGUGCUAAGUCCAUGGCUGAGGCCUUGACCAACAGCCGGACCCUCUGCAUGCUGCACUUGCAGAAGAAUACCAUUGGGGUCAUGGGAGCACAAUGCAUAGCAGAUGCCCUAAAGCAGAACAGGAGUCUGAAGACGCUCAUAUUGUCCAGUAACAGCAUUGGUGAUGGAGGCACCAAGGCCUUGGCUGAGGCCCUGAAGGUGAAUCAGGGCCUGGAGAUCCUGGACCUGCAGAGCAAUUCCAUCAGUGACUUGGGAGUGGCAGCGCUGAUGACUGCCCUCUGCUGCAACGAGACCCUGCUCAGCCUCAGCCUCCGAGAAAAUUCCAUCAGUCCAGAUGGAGCCCAGGCCCUGGCCCGUGCCCUCCGCACUAACGGAGCCCUGAAGAGUCUAGACCUGACAGCCAACCUUCUCCAUGACCAGGGUGUCCAGGCUAUUGCCAGAGCUGUGAAAGAAAACCACACCCUCAUGUCCCUUCACCUGCAGUGGAACUUCCUCCAGGCUGGUGCUGCUGAGGCCCUGGGACAAGCACUCCAGUUCAACAGGAGCCUGACCAGCUUAGAUUUACAGGAGAACAGCAUUGGAGAUGAGGGGGCCUCCGCGGUAGCCAGUGCCCUGAGGAUAAACACGGCCCUGACUGCCCUCUACCUCCAGGCGGCCUCUAUCAGCACCCUGGGGGCCCAGGCCCUGGCAGAGGCCCUAGUGGUGAACAGAACCUUGGAAAUUCUUGACUUACGAGGGAAUGCCAUCGGAGCAUUUGGAGCCAAAGCUCUGGCCAACGCACUGAAGGUCAACUCCAGUCUCCGGAGCCUCAACCUUCAGGAGAACUCCCUGGGGAUGGACGGGGUGAUAUGCGUGGCCACCGCACUGUCUGGAAACCAUGGGCUCCAGUACAUCAAUCUGCAGGACAAUCACGUCGGGGACUCUGUGGCCAGGAUGAUCAGAGAAACCAUCAGGACGCAUGCCCCCAGGUGCACUGUGGAAAUGUGA